AUGUCGCUUAGAGUCAGCCAUAACACAAGCUUGGACAGACAAGAACCUAUGGCGGCGAUUUUAUGGUUAUCUCGCUUUAAGGAGAAAAAUGGAUGCAAGUUCUUCGCACAGUUUGAUGAAGAGGAUAGGUCAUUAUGGCAAAAAAGAGCUUUGAUUGAAGCUCGGGAUGAGAUCCGAGAGAAGAGUAGAGUGAUUGAGCAGUUAAACAAAACCAUUGCAGAACUUAGAAGCAAUUUGGAGAAGAUACAAAAUGAAGAGGAAAUUGUUAGAAAGUUUGAAGAAUUCUAUGUUUAA